GUUGUGUCAGCCAUUUUAAAAAAAAAUGGAUUCAAUUAAAAAUUUUAAUCUUUAAUAUAGAUGUUUAUGUCGGAAAAGCGUAUAAGGAAAAAUAUUUAGCAAGAAAUUGAUGUAAAUUUUGAAAAUAAUAUGUAUUUGAAACAAGUUUUGUUACCAAUUAUAAACAUUUCUAGAUAACUCUCGAACAUUCGAUCCGAAGCUUAUAUAUAAGGCUGCAACUAGCACUUUAAAACAAUUGUAUAUAUGAUUAGCAGUGAAGGAUUUCUGCAUUUUUACUUUAAGUAAUUAAAUUCGUUAAAAAUGAAUCUAGAAUACGAUUCAUUAUUGACAUCACCAGAAUCACUUGAAAAAUUGUGCAAUUGUACUGAAUGUUGCACGUGUGGUGAAAAAAACAUACACGAAUGGACUUGGGAUGAAACAUUGACAGGAACCACAUUUCGACUAUCGGAAGACAACCUUGAAGUUAAAUUUCAUCCAUUCUAUAGCAAUGGAACAGCAGCUAUACGUGGAAAUCAAUUGAUGAAAAAAGGCAGACAUUACUAUUGGGAAGUUAAGAUGCUGUCUCUGAUAUAUGGAACAGAUGUGAUGGUUGGUGUAGGUACUUCAAAGGCUGAAAUGAAUGCAAUUAAUAAAUAUUGUUCUUUGCUGGGUCAUGAUCGAGAAUCAUGGGGGUUGUCUUAUAAAGGUUUUAUUCAACAUAAUGGCGAAAGUAAAAAUUAUGCUCCUCGUUUUGGUAAAGGAAGUGUCAUAGGAAUUCAUUUGGAUACUUGGAGAGGAACUUUACAAUUUUUCUUAAAUCGUAAACCCCUUGGGAUUGCAUUUACAGGAUUACAAGGUGUUGAGCUAUAUCCAAUGGCUUGCUCAACAUCUGCCAAAAGUAAGAUGAGAAUAACACAAAGCUGUUCUGUACCUGUAUCCUUACAAAUGGAAUGCCUUGCAAUGUUGAAACCUCUUCAUCGAUCAUAUUUAUCAGCUGCAUUUCCUGGUCUUCGUGACAUGUUCAACAGUAUAUUUGCAGACGUUCUUCGUCAUAGACAAAAUUGUAAUGGUGAUGAUGAUGAAGAUUAUGAAUAUUAUUUUCCUGAAGAAUAUCUUAUUUUAGAUGACUUUGAUUUCGCAUUAAUUGGAUAUGGUCGAAGAAGGAAAAAAAAGAAGAGAAUGGAGAUCCAAUCGUCAUCAAACGCUAAAUGCGUUAAGUUAUCUUAAAACUUUUGUUUCACUAUGAUUUAUCAUGUUUUGUGAUUAUUAUUUAAUGAUACAUUGAUUUAUCCAGUUAUCAUGAAUUCAUUAAAUAUUUUAUAUUUCGUUUAAUUACCAUGUUAUUACGUACAUCCUAGCUGAUAUAACUGAAAACAGAAUAAAUUAUGACACUUUCUUACAGUUUAAAAACGACUUUUAAAAUAAAGAUACAGUA